AUGUUGGUGACUACUGAGCCUGUCUUGAUUUUGGCAUUCCAGGUGCAGUUUGCAAAGCAGGGAACUUCUGUCUGGAAACCUGUGGUGCUGGAGCAUGGCUGGUCGUACUCCUGCUGUAAAGUCUGUGUUUUAGUACCAACUGAAGGAAACACAGUAAGGCAGUUCAGUAUUUUCCAACGUGCCCCAGCUAUGCUACAAGUGGACACCCAGGAGCAACAAGGUUCAGACUAUUCCAGUAAUAGCGGAAUUUCAGAGGUGGGUUUGGAGAGAAACACUACAAGGCUUGAACAAGGUACAGCUGAGAGGACACCAAGUUGGGAAGAAGAGGAGCAGAAGAAAACAACGAGACCACUUCUCGGGGCGGAGGAAGCCAAGGAGAAGGUGACUGUGAAACAACCCUCUGAGGUGGAGGGAAUCAAGAGUACAACAGUGGAAACAGCCACAAGGGUGGAGGGAAACAAGGAGAAAACAGCAGCGAGACUGGCUCCAGGGGCAGAGGAAGCUAAGGAAAAGCCAACAGUGAAACCGCUUCCCAAGGUGGAGGAAGCCAAGGAGAUGACGACUGUGAAACCAGCCCCUAAGGUGGAGGAAAACAAGGAGAAAACAGUGGUGAGACAAACUCCAGGGGUAAAGGAAGGGGUAAAUGAAAAGACAACACCGAAAUCACUUCCCAGGGUAGAGGGAGCCAAAGAGAAGACAACAGUGAAACCAUCCUCUGGGGUGAAGGUAGCUCAUGAAGACAACACAACCAAAGACAAAACAAUGCCAAAAGAGCCUUCUGUGUCAGUGAAAACCGUAAGACCAGUGACUCAGGCUGCUGCAGUGACAGAAAAGAAGAGACUGAGGGCUGCUGACUUCAAGUCUGAGCCACAGUGGGAUUUCGAGGAUGAGUACCUGCUGGACAGCUCACCUCCACCAGCGACCUGCUCCGAAUCAGUGAAGGCCAAGGCUGCCAAGUCCGACUGGCUGCGAGAUCUUUUUCUGCCUAACAUCAUGCUCUUCACCGACAAAAGGUACUUCAACAACAGCGAGUGGGACCGCCUGGAGCACUUUGCACCUCCCUAUGGCUUCAUGGAGCUCAAUUACUCACUGGUGAAAGAGGUCAUGUCAUUGCUGCCCCCACAUCCCCACCAGCAGCUGCUCCUGGCCAACAGCAGCAGAAACGUGUCAACGUGCAUUAGCUGUGCUGUUGUGGGGAAUGGAGGAAUACUGAAUAACUCCGGAAUGGGCCAGGAGAUCGACUCCCAUGACUACGUGUUCCGGGUGAGUGGGGCUGUAAUCAAAGGUUACGAAAAAGAUGUGGGAACAAAAACCUCCUUUUAUGGAUUCACAGCCUACUCCCUCGUGUCCUCUCUCCAGAUCUUGGGAAACAAAGGGUUCAGCAAGAUUCCAUGGGGAAAACAUAUCAGAUACAUUCACUUUCUGGAGGGAGCUAGAGACUAUGAGUGGCUGAAGGCUCUUCUGCUGAACAAGGACAUCAGGAAAGGAUUCCUGAACCACUACGGGCAAAGGCCCCGGGAUAGAUUCGAUGAGGAUUUCACGUUGGACAAAUACCUCGUAGUUCACCCAGACUUCCUCAGAUACAUGAAAAACAGGUUUUUAAAAUCUAAAAGUCUGCAAAAACAUUACUGGCGGCUGUACAGACCCACAACGGGAGCAUUCCUGCUGCUGACUGCCCUGCACCUCUGUGACCGGGUGAGUGCCUAUGGCUACAUCACGGAAGGUCACGAGAAGUACUCAGAUCAUUACUACGACAAGGAGUGGAAACGUCUGGUCUUCUACAUUAAUCAUGACUUCAACCUGGAGAAGCAGGUGUGGAAAAAGCUUCAUGAUGAGAAUAUCAUUAAGCUCUACCAGAGAUCAUGAUUGUGUGGCAAGGGCCAUUGCCUGGGAAAUCUCAACACCACCUCAAGAAGACCUCUAGAUGAGUAAGAAGACCGCCAGAGCCAGGGUUAGCUCUGGACUUCCAGGCACAGUUUCAUCCCCACAAAGAUAUUUCCCUCCUUCGGUACCUUUAUUCUCUCACAACACUUCAAAAAAUGUGCAAAUUCUACAGACCAGGAGAACAGCAGCAAAAAAAUGCCACCAAAGAAGUCCCAACUGACCAGGCUGCCACCGCUGUGGGUGGUUGCAGGUGCUCUGGUGUCAGGAGGGAGGAAUCCAGGAUGAAUCCAAGUAGCAUCCAGGCUUUCCCUCUACAGGGAGAUGGUCCUCAGGCUGGGGCCGGUUUUGGUCUGGUUGGGUUCUCACUGCUAUAGUGGUGCCCCUUUUGGAGCCGGGUGCCUUGUCUAAGGAGGCUCCCUCUGCAGCGGAUGGAGGUGGACACACAGAGCUUGUUUCAGGAGGCUGACUUUUGUCCUGGAGGUGCUGCUGUCACUCCACUCGCUGUAGAGAUAAAGGACGGACUGGGCACUUGGCUUCCAGGUGGCUUAUUUGAGAGAGGAUGAGAUUCACUUCUGUGCCCCAGUGUGGCUUCGCUGUGACACCUCCAAAGGAGCACUGUGACAUCUGGGGUCCAGUUGCUGCCCUGGGCCCCGCUCAGCAGCAGCAGAAGAAAGCAAACAAUCCCCGCAGUGCAGCAGGAUGCCAGAAGUCGUGCCUCCUGCUGUGGGGCUCCCCUGGCUGCAGAUCCUGUUUAACGGUCCCAGUGUGCCAAGCCAGUGCCUGGCUGUGGCACGCGCGGCUCCUAGCUCUGCCAGGAGCACUGUGCCUGCCUCCUGCCAGGGGAGGUAAGAGCUCUGCAGCUCCGGGGAUGGAUGCUCUGCUGUUGCUGCUGGCUGGAGUGCCUGCCCGCAUCGUGCUGGGAGAGGCAUUGUCGCAGCCAGCAAGGCUUCAGAGUACUGGCCUUCUGAAUGUGGUUUUGUAAGCAAAAUAAACGGCACUACUUUGGCCAA